GACGCAAUGUUGUCGUUCUCUUCCAGGAAGGACACAGGCGGGGAAUGUACUGAACGUCGAGCAACUGCGUCAACAAAAGUUUUAACGAAUAUCUCUGGUUUCCCUCUACUUUUCAACAUGGCAAAUGGCCUGUGCUGAGUGAGUAAUGGCUUUAAUCCUGGACGGGACAUCAGAAGACAACGCCAUGGACACAUCCAACUUUGCCCACGUCAUCUUCCAGAAUGUGGGGAAGAGCUACCUGCCCCACGCGGCACUGGAGUGCCACUACACUCUCACCCAGUUCAUCAAACCACAUCAGAAAGACUGGGUUGGGAUCUUUAAGGUCGGAUGGAGCACCGCCAGGGACUAUUACACAUUCUUGUGGUGUCCUCUUCCUGAGAACUACUCUGAGGGCACUGCCGUCCACAGAUCUGUGGUGUUUCAAGGGUACUACGUGCCCAAUGACGACGGGGAGUUCUACCAGUUCUGCUACGUGACCCACAAGGGGGAGAUCAGGGGGGCCAGCACGCCCUUCCAGUUCCGCGCUCAGAGCCCCUCGGAGGAUGACCUGCUGACUGUGGAGGAUGAGUGCAACUCCGACAUCCUGGUGGUCACCACCCGGACCGGAUACCUGGAGCAAAAGAUGGAAGAGGCCCAUAAAGAGAAGGAAGAGCUGGUUCGGACGAUGAGCCUUCUGCAGAAUGAGAAGGACUUGCUGGAGGAGGAGAAGGAGAGUCUGCACAAAGAGUGUGAGCAAGAGAAGAAGAAGUGUGCCCAACUCCAGCGGGAGAACCAGGAGGUGCAGGUGUCAUGCCAGGCUCUGCAGGGGGAGCGAGAGGAGGUGAAGAGGAGGUUGGAGGAGGCCACUGCCAGAGUUGUGCAGUUGGAGGAGGACCUGAUGGGAGUCACCCAGAAGGGCCUGCUGAAGGAGACUGAGCUGGACAGCCUGAAGGACAGAGUGAAGAAACUGACUGUGGAGAAGGACACCCUGGAGUCCCACCUGAAGAAUGAGAAGGACGAGAAAGAACUGUACAAGAUCCACCUGAAGAACCGUGAGCUGGAGAACACAAAGCUGAGUGCCGAGCUGCAGAUGCUGAAGGCUGUGGACGUGAACAAGGAGAACAGUAUAGCUCAGCUGAAAGACGAGGUGGCGCGCCUUCGCUCCUGCCUCACUGAGAAGGAGAAGCAAUACAAGGAGGUCCUGGCAAUGGGCCCCCAAAUGAGUGAGCUGAAGACCAUGAAGGAGCAGCUCCGUCAGAAGGAGGAGCAGCUUCACGCCAAGAAGCAGCAGUCCUCAAUGUUGUCCGCUGAGCUGAGAGACGUGUCCAGCGCCCGCGACCGCAGCAUGGCCGACCUGUACCGCAUGAGGCUGGAGACGGAAGCCCUGCGGAAGGACAAGCAGGACGCCCAGGCUCAGUGCCUCCAUCUGGAGGGUCUAGUGGAGCAGAUGAAAGCCAAGGCCCAGCAGGAGGAGGCCGAGGCGGAGGCUGGCAGAGUGGAGGCCGAGGCGGGCUCUGACACGGCCACCGUGGCGGAGCUCCAGAGGGAGGUGGAGGACCUGAAGCUGAGACUGCACAUGGCUGCAGAACACUACAAGGAGAAGUACAAGGAGUGUCAGAGACUGCAGAGGCAGGUGGUCAAGCUGUCCGAACAACAGGGGGAGGUGAGGAAGAACUCAGCAGCUGAGGUUACGGCCGUCCCUCUGUCUGUUAGUCCAGACACCUCUGUACCAGGGAGCCCCAGUUCUACUGACCCCAUGCUGGAGGCCAUCAUUCAGGAAAAGCUCAAAGGCAUCAGCAAAGAGGCGACUGACCGCAGCGACAAGUACAGGAAAUGCAAACAAAUGCUUAGUGAGGAGAAGGAGCGUAGCUGUAUGUUUGCUGAUGAGCUGGCCAAAAUGGAGGUGAAACUGAAGGAGCAGCUGAAGAACAACGAAAGUCUUAAACUGCAGCUGGCAGUGGAGGAGGACCGCUACAAGAGUCAGGUGGCUCAGAAGGGCCGUGAGCUGAAAGAGCUGAAGGACAGUCUGGCUGCUCUGAUGAAAGACAAGGAGAAGCUUGAGGUGGAUCUUCAGAAGAGUGCUGGUGGCGGUAGAAAGUCAGAGGCCGUGGCGUCCGAGGAGAUGAGUCUGGACGAGAGCAUCCAGUCUGUGUUUCUGCAGUACCCCCUGCCCUAUGCCCAGGACGCCCCCAGUCCCCUGCUGGUCCCCCAGAGCCCCACACAGCUCCACUUUGGGAACCCCUACUCCACCACUGACACAAGAGAUGGAGCGGAUGGGGAGUUCUCUGACGACCAGCUGCCCCGUCUGCCCCCUGUGGGCCCCCCCUCCUGGGACAGUAAUGUAGUCUGUGUCCAACCUGCACGGAACCUCAGCCGGCCCGACGGCCUGGAGGACCCAGAGGAGCAGCAGAAAAACAACAACAACGCCAAUGAACUCCCUACAGCAACUACUGAACCCCAAAGCCCAUUCUUCAAUGAUGGACAGACUCCCUUCUGCUUCGAGUCCAGUGUGAACAUCCACAAGCGCUGUCCACUGUGUGAGGUGAUCUUCCCGCCCAACUACGACCAGUGUAAGUUUGAGGAGCAUGUGGAGAGCCAUUGGAAGGUGUGCCCCAUGUGCAGCGAGCAGUUCCCCCUCGACUGCGACCAGAAGAUCUUUGAAAACCAUGUGCUCACCCACUUUGACGGCAAUGUGCUGAACUUCGACUGAAAACAUUCUCCUUCCCAGUCCCUCCAGUUUGUGUCUGUCUCCACUGAGAGUAAACUGCGUUGCACUCUUUCUCCUAUGUAUAAUGAGUGAGGAUUUGAUCCACUUUCAGGUUUGUUGACCUUUUUUGAUCAGCAUCUUUUAAGUAGGGAAAACACCUUCCUGUUUGGGUGCUGUGAUUGGUUCCCCAUUUGAACCCUAUACUCUGGCUUCAUGCAGACCAGGGCUAUUUAUCUGUGUCAAUCAACAUGUCUCUAAUGGUAAAUUUUAUAAACAUGAAGAAUACCAUUUGAUUUGGUAUUCCAACCUUAUUUAGAGGGAUAUGACAGUUUUAGAUUGAUAAUGAUGAGAAGUACUAUCAUAGCUCUAUGCUGUCCUGUCUCUCACCAUUUCAAAGACUAUGUAAUAUCAGGGAACAUGGCAACAUGGAUCAGGUGAUUUCCAUUUCAACACUUUCAAGCAAAAUGCUUUAGUUUCUCCUGAGCAUUACAGUAAGUCAAUUAUUGAUUCUUUUUAGAAAGCUGUGCACUACAUGCAGACAGACAGGGGACAAGUAAUUGCUUACAAAGCUGAUUAUAUUAUCUUUAAAUGAUCUAUUUUAGAAUAAUCUUUUAAAAGCCAAUGGUGUUGUGAAAGCCUUUGCAAUAUGUUUAUGUAUGGUUGGAGAUCUGUCAUUGAUGUGUUCCAAGUUCUUUCCGUUGGUUUGAAUUGUCAUUAUUUAAGUCUGCACUGGUUUGGUUGUGUCUGAGUGCAGUCUAUACAGCUUCCAUUCCAUUCCCUGGACUCCAUGUCACAUGCCAACUUCUGGCAAUUACAAGCAGUGGCAAGGAUUGGAAUGUUAACUAGAGACUGGUACUGGUUUGGUUGUGUCUGGCUAAAGGACUCCUGCUUCACUCUACUGAUUAAAAUGCAUGCCAGGAUUGUUAGGUCCAUGUUUUUUUUUGUUACAUUUAUUUGCAGUAAGUUUAAAAAUCAUAGAAAACCUUUUGAUUUCUUGUGUAAGUCCCAUGUAAUGAACUCUGAACUAAUAAAGUCUGUUUGGAACAAUCUAGCCAGUCAGCCUAUUUUA